AUGGCAUCUACUCCGUCUGCCAAACCAGGCCGAAUCCUGGCAAAGGCCAUGAGCGAUCGUCUCGGCCACGAUGGUCCCGACGACUGCAUCACAUCCAUCCGCUGCAACGGCAGGGAGUUCCACGUCGAAAUGUCGCCUUUCUACAUUUGCAAUUCGCCAGCUAUCGAGUCUCGUUAUCGCAAGUUCAUCGCAGCUGUCAGAGAUGAGUCGGAAUGCGAUACAGAUGAAGACGAGCAUCCGGAAGACGUGAUGGACGACUUUCACGCUUGGCUCAUCAAUGCUUUCGAGCCCGUCUUCUUGCAAGUUGCCCCCGAUAUCCCGCCGUCUUUCGACCCCGCAAAGAUUGCAACGGGGGAGGCUCGCCCACUUCUUUCCGAAUACUUCUUCCCGGAAGAAUACCGCUGUCGGCUUGAGGUAGAAAACGAUAAGCCGUUCCCUAUCUUUAUGAGAGACGAGGAGACCCGCUGGGUUCCGCCCUUAAACGACAUCGAGCCUGAGCUUGCCCAACAACUUGGGCAGUACGUCAAGUUCUUCCGUCCCAUUGAAAUUGAAGUCUCGUUUGAGAAGCCCGACUCCGCCCUCUCCGAGACACCGACACGGGUUUUGGUCGAGCUGGACGAUUCGGGCCACAAGACGCUUUGCUUCUUAAAGACCUUCGCGCUAGGCGACCAUCUAGGGCUUGAAAACGAGCUCGAAGCCCACCUCCGGAUCCUCAAGUCUUCCUUAGCACGGGACGGCGUACGCAUUGCUCGUCUUCGCGGGGUUGUAGCGGUAGAAGAGGAUAGCCAAAUCCUGGGCUUGCUGCUCACGUACAUUGACCGUCGCCGCGAAAAUGGCGGGCUCUUGUUCGAGGACCGCCUGCUCCACACGCCCAUCCCCUUGCGACAGCGUUGGGCGAGACAGAUUCAAGAGACAGUCGAGCAGCUUCAUGGCGCGGACCUUGUCUGGGGCGAUGCCAAAGCGGAGAACGUCAUGAUUGACAAGAACAAUGACGCUUGGUUGAUUGACUUUGGCGGCGGUUAUACUGAGGGAUGGGUCGAUGGGGACAAGGCCGGCACCGUGGAAGGGGACUUGCAGGGGGUGGCUAGGAUUCUCGAGCAUCUCUCCAACGAAGAGUAUGAGCCGUACCCUGACUCUGAUGAUCGGGAGGAGGAUGUAUAA